AUGACAAUCUUCGCCAAACUGUCAUCAUUCGUUAGCUUCGUGAUAUUUACCUGUCUGGCCUUGUCCUCUAUCUGCUCCUCGCAGCCCAUCCCUUCCACUCCGCAGUCGCGGCCUCCGCGAUCUCCAACUCCGGGACAAAUCCCUGGUAGUAGCGAUAUAUUCUUCGACGCCCUGUCGGCAUUCGGCCUUGGAAACCUGGCGAAGCUCAACCACUGGAAGACCUGGACGGAUCCAGAUUCCAUCGACGACAGUCACAGCUCAACGCCCACCAAGACCGCACAUGGCAACAUGUCAUCCGGGUUCUCCACCGAUGUCACCAAGGAAGAACGCACUGAAGAUUCUGAACGUCCUAAAGACCCGUUAGACUUCAUGAGCUUGGUGUUCCGGGUUCUGUCGGAUCGGUUCCGAGAAGCGAGCGAUAGCAGUGAUGAACAUACUCUGACUUAA